AUGAUGAUUGCAGCGUCACUCCAGAGGCAUUUGUCAAGCCGCCUUGCUGCUGCUGCUGCCUACAGCAGCAGCAGCAGCAGCAGCAGCUGCAGCCAACACAUUGCCUGCUUCUCCUCUGCCGCUGCUGCAGUAACAGGACCCAGUGUUUCAAAAAUUGGAGGAUAUGAGGUGAAGACCCACACCUUCGACGCUGUUGUUGUCGGCGCGGGGGGCGCCGGCCUGCGCGCGGCAUUUGGCCUGGCUUCCCAAGGGCUGCGGACCGCAUGCAUCAGCAAACUCUUCCCCACUCGCUCCCACACUGUGGCGGCCCAGGGCGGCAUCAACGCGGCGCUGGGCAACAUGUGUGAGGACGACUGGCGGUGGCAUGCCUUCGACACUGUAAAGGGCUCGGACUGGCUGGGAGACCAGGAUGCCAUUCAGCACAUGUGCCGCGAGGCCCCUCAUGUUGUGCGCGAGCUGGAGUCCUACGGGCUUCCUUUUUCUAGGACCAAAGACGGCAAAAUAUACCAGGCGAGGAGAGCUUUUGGCGGCCAGUCGUUGAAGUUCGGAAAGGGAGGACAGGCUUACCGUUGUGCUGCUGCAGCCGACAGAACUGGCCACGCAAUGCUGCAUACUUUGUACGGAAGGGCCUUAUCUUUUUCCUGCAACUUCUUUGUCGAGUACUUCGCUCUAGACCUUUUAAUGGAGGCCCCGGGGGCCCCCGGGGGGCCCCCCCGCUGCGUGGGGGUACUGGCCCUCUGUCUUGAAGAUGGUUCGAUCCACAGAUUCGCCACAAACCACACAGUCCUCGCCACUGGCGGGUACGGGCGGGCCUACCAAAGCUGCACUUCUGCACACACUUGCACUGGAGACGGAGGGGCGAUGGCCGCGAGGGCUGGCGUGGCUUUGCAGGACUUGGAGUUUGUUCAGUUCCACCCCACGGGCAUUUUCCCCGCGGGCUGCUUGAUUACCGAGGGCUGCAGAGGAGAAGGAGGCAUUCUUCGCAACAGCGAGGGAGAAGCCUUCAUGGCUCGUUACGCUCCGACGGCAAAGGACUUGGCUAGCCGAGACGUGGUCUCGCGUUCGAUGACAAUAGAAAUCCGCGAAGGGCGCGGCUGCGGGCCCCGCAAAGACCACUGCCACCUCGACCUCACCCACCUCGACCCCGAAACCCUCCAUUCGCGGCUGCCGGGCAUUACCGAAACAGCCAAGAUCUUUGCAGGAGUGGAUGUGACGAAGCAGCCGAUUCCAGUGCUGCCAACAGUGCAUUAUAACAUGGGGGGAAUUCCCACAAACUGGCGCUCUGAAGUCAUUCACUGCGUCAAGGGCAAGGGCCGCAUGGCGGAAGAGUGCGUGUUGGAGGGCCUCUACGCAGCAGGCGAAGCUGCAUGCGCUUCUGUUCAUGGGGCUAACAGACUGGGGGCCAACUCGCUGCUGGACUUGGUGGUUUUUGGCAAACAAGCUGCAGAUGUUAUUUCGGAAAAAGUCAAAAAGUCAAACCCUAAACCCUCGCUGCGCCCCGAUGCCGGAGAAGAGACUCUGGCGCGAAUUGACAAAAUUAAAAACAACAACGGCAGCCACACAGCAGCAGAAAUCAGAGAGCGGAUGCAAAAGACUAUGCAGGACCACGCUGCUGUUUUCCGCACGGGGCCUGUCUUGGCUGAGGGCGUAGCCAAAAUGAAAGAAAUCGCAAAACAGUUUGCAGACAUCCGCGUCACAGACAAGUCCAGAGCUUGGAACACGGACUUGGUGGAAACCCUUGAACUCGAAAACCUCCUGAGCCAAGCCACGCAAACUGUCCUGAGCGCAGAAGCCCGCAAGGAGAGCCGCGGGGCCCACGCCAGGGAGGACUUCAAGGACCGAAACGACGAGGAGUGGAUGGUCCACUCCCUGUCCUUCCAGAAAGGCCGAGACGUAGAGACAGCUCAGUUUGAGCUGGCUUACCGGCCUGUCCAGAGCCAGCCCCUGGACUCCGAAAUGGAGCCAGUGCCCCCCAUGAGGCGCGUCUACUAA